CGGACUCCGUCGCCGAUCAGUUCAAGAUAUGUACUGAAAUCGCUUCCGCUAUUAAGGAUCUGGGUUACAUAGGAGAUAUGAGCUUCCACAAGGUAUGUCCCCUUUUCUGUCUGCUUGAAUUUCGGAAAAUUUUGGGCGAUUGCGAGAAAUCUGUUUGCUUUUAUACGAAUAUACUGAUUCUGUUGUUGUUUCUAUUUGGUUCAUUUAUGAAUUUACUCGAUUUUUGUAGACAUGCAUUGUGAUCGUUCUGUUUCUAUUAAUGGUGAUCAAAGUAUACCCUAAAGUUUAUGAGUACUGGAAACUUUUCAAUGUCUAGGAACUAAAUAGGAUGUGUUCUAUUUCUUUUGAUCACUUAACUUCUUGGACAUUAGCAAAAGCUAAGGCAUUUGUUUUGGAUAUCCAUUUGCUGUUGUACUUAGAAACAGACUACAUGUGUUGCUUACAACAGUUCUUGUAUCCAUCUGAAGAGGACUUGUAUAAGUUGAUAAGAUUCUUGGUGGAGAGACUUCCUGAAGUUUCUGAUGGAAAAACCAAGGUUUUGGAAGAUGUUGAUGGUAGAAAAGAAACGAAAACUGACACUCUCAAAUGCCACUAUGUGUCGGGCCAAUCAGACGAUAUCGACACUGAUGAUUCCGUUUUUACCCAUCAGAAGGUCGAGAACAAACUUUCCGAUCUUAAUAUUAUUGCUGAAGAGACAAAAUCUUCAGACUCCAUUGUCGGUCGAUUCUCUGAUUCCGGUGAAGCAGCUAUGGUUGAUAACCUUGUUAAUGCUCCCAAAGAUCAGUCUGAGGUUUCAGGAAACGAAUCAGUUGCAGUGCAGGGGAAUAAUGGACAAGUAUCAAUUUCCAGACAUGAAGUUAGUUCUUACAUUCAAAAGAAUGAUGAAGAUCAAGAGAUCAGACCAUUGGAAGAGGUCAGUACAAAGGCUUCUGAAUUAGAGCAUCUUCAUGUCGAGUUAGAAAGGUUGAAGGCAGCGACCGGAAUUGUAUUUGAUGAUAAUCGUUUGAUUGAAGUUCAUCUUCAGGAACUGGAGGAGCAAAUCAGUUCUAGAAAGCUGAAUCUUCUUGCAGCGAAGUCGGGGUGGGCUGCAGAGAAGGAGCUUUUAGAAAAUAAAAGGCGAAAUCUUCAAGAAUCACUAUGUGCAAGUAAUCCGAAGGCUCAAGAAAAGCUGCAAAAAUUGAGAGAGUUUGAAUUGGAAAAGCAGCUCAUCGAGUCAGAAAUCAGUAGGCGGGAGGAAGAAAAUUAUAAUCUCUCAACAGAGCUUAAGAAGCAGCCAAAACAGGCAUCGAGACGAUCCUACAUCGAUAGGGUGAAAGAGAUCACAAAAAAUAGUCGGAAACAAGAUACUGACAUCGACCGAAUCCUUAAAGAAACUAGAGAGCUUCAGCUAGAAAGUAACAAUAUUCAAGAACGCCUCCAUAGAACCUACGCAAUUGUGGAUGAGCUAGUUCUCAGGGAAGCAAAAAAAGAAGGCAUAGGCAAGAAAGCACACAAACUUCUGACUAGUAUCCAUGAGAAUUUCGGAGAGAUCUCGAACAAAAUCCUGUCUACGGAUAGAUUAAGAAGAGAAACUGCAGAAUACGAGAAGAAGAUAGCGGCCUCGGCAUCUCGAAGUUUAGAUUUUAACAAACUACAAGCUGAUCUGGAUGCUAUCAGGAGGGAAAAUAGUUGCCUAGAGCAAAAUCUCUGCCAUAAAAAACCCAUUGACCAAAUGUAGAAUGUUUUCUGGAUUUCUUUUGUUUAGUGUAAAUCAAUCAUGCUUAUUGCAACAAUUACAUUCUAGUGCAAAGGAGAAACAAUUCAGAUCAAAUGACAUCAUCUGCUAUUACUUAAAUGGGUUCUUUUCAUUAAUUAGUUGGAUUGUGAUGCCUUAUGCAACAA